GCCUACAUGAACGAUUUAACAACGCAAAGAGCUGCUGAAGAAAUAGUUACAAACGAAGAAAUAACGAAAGUGUGUGAAUUAUGUCUCAAGGAGACCUCCAAAUACAAAUGUCCUCGUUGCGGCAUAUUCUACUGCUCCCUGUCAUGUUAUCGGGGUGGGAAGCAUGCCGGUUGCUCAGAAAAGUUUUACAAAAACAACUUCAUGGAGGUGAUGAAAAACAAAAAGGGGAGUGAAGAAGAUCGUAAGAAGAUGCUUGAGAUUCUACAGAGAGUUGAUGCUGAAUACAAACCUCUGUUUGAUGAGGAAGGGGCGGAGAUUAAUGAAGAAGAGGAGGAAGAGGAUGAAGCUACUGAGACAUUGGCAGAGAGAAUGGCAGGACUAGAUCUAGACAAGGAUACCGAUGUGAUCUGGGAGAGACUGACUGAGAGAGAGAAGAGAGAGUUUGAGUCAGUGUUGCAUGCAGGCAGACUGGGCAACUUGGUGCCCAUCUGGAAGGCAUGGUGGGAACAACAUGACCAAAGCUUAGUCAAAGAAAUUGGCAUUGACCCAUCACCCCCCACUCCACCUCAGUCAACUCCGCCCCCAGAAAAGCCCAAAGAACCAUCAUACGCUGAUGAGAUUGAAGUAGAUUUGGCCAAAAUGGCCAAAGAUUUGGGUUUGAAUGAUGAAGACACGACUGAAGAAGAGAUUUCGAGGGAAUUAUCCACUACAUGCGAUUGUCCUCCUAUUCUCAAGACGAUUCCCAAAUUGAGUGAUUUGCUACGAAACAAGAAACCGUCCGAGUGUGUGAUGUACAAUCUACUGAAUCUCCUCUACAGCUAUGCAUGUGUAGUCAGAUUCUACAAUGGGACACACAACGACUUACCAGUACAAGUGGCUCAGAACCUACUUGAAGUGUCGGCCACACUGAGUGACAAUGCAAACUACAAUGGAACGGAGGAAUCCCUGGCAAGUGCACUACACAAUGCAUCCAAGUCGCUGUCAACUAGUAACACAUUUUCCACCUCCAUUCUUCAAGACAUGGUCCACAUUCUCCUCGGAGCAGCAUCUGAUGCACCAAUCAGUUACGUCCAAUCAGCUCUAUCAGACUUGCAUCAAUUAUUGGGAGCAGCAAGAAAACAGCUAGUCAAAAAAUCCAAGAAGUCCCCAAUCAACGGGGAUGCAGAAGACCCCAAGCAACCAAAGGCUGGUCCAUCAGAGAGCAAGUCACUGCUUCCAAAGACUUGCUUCAAUUGCCAGAAGAAACUAGAAUUCUUUCUGGCUUGGUUAACAGACAAUCAAGACAAACCUAGAAUCCUGCUGCUUGAAGUGGACGCCAUGUACAGAUCAAGAAGAUUGUUGGAUGAGCAGCACAGUGCAACCAAGUCAACUCUUGAGAAGCAAUGGGGCGGAACAAAACCACCGGCAAAAACAAAAGCAAAACACACACUCAUUGAGGAACUCAGCUGAGUGGUUCUUCUGUAAUCAUACUGAUAUUUCUAUUGCGCAAAAUGCCUAAUAAAAAAAUCCUCUAUAGGAGUUGGAAUUCUUUCCUGCCAUAAACUUGAUGUCAUAGUUUGUAGUGAGCUAGACUCAGCCUACCCAGUCAAUGAACAGAAAUCUUCAAAUUGGAGAUCGUAAUAGAGGCGUAUCUAGAUGGAUCUAGUCAGCAAACUGAGGCUGUGUGGGCCUUAAAGUCGUUCACCAUUGAUGGCUUCUGUAUCUCAGAUGGGAAACGAUAUGAAACAAUCAUCUCUACAUGCUGCUAGUAUGCAAUGAGCAGGAACAUGAUAUAAUGGCUUUUUGAAAGCAUCUUUUUCCCUGUCUUGGCCGU